CACUUCUCGCUAAACUCUCGAAGCGACCACACGCUACUUGCGCUCGCGAACUUGUGAAAUUAUUGUGACAUAGUUACGAGUGAACCCGCUGGCACGCGACUUGGAUUGCAUAAUAAUAUUGUGAUAAGUGAUCGUGAAACCAGUGACAAUUACACACAAAUCGUGGAAAGUUUCCAAAAUUUGUGAAAAUUAUAACCUGAAGAGCAUCAACAUAUCAAACAAAAUGUACAAAGAUUCUGUAGUGCCCGUGAAAAUGGAGACUUUCAGUGGAGUUGCGGCUAAAUGCCCUAUAGGCCUAUGCCUAAAAACGGUGCUGCGUAGAGCAUGCAUCGAGAAGAGGUUAACCAUCGGCCUGCUUCCCGCCAUCCAGUAUUUAUCAAAGAAUAGUGAUGGCGCCCUUUUCUGCGUUACUGCAGAGGCGCCACCUGGUGACAGCGCCACGCACAUGCAAGAGGUCCUGCUGCAAGCAUUUUGCACGGAAAACGACAUUUACGUCAUCAAGGUCGAUUCUCAAAACAAAAUGAAGUCUUUGAUCGGAGAUCGUUGCACAUCGUCUGACUACAGCUGCGUUUUAGUACAUUAUCCUUACACAGACCCGUUUAUGGACAGUCAAGAGAUUGAUCUUUCCAUUCUGUCACAAGCCGAACAAGAUUUGAUUGAACAUUGCGAGUUGAACUGGCAUUAUCCUCAACCCCCAGUCGUCAAGUUGCCCGAGAAGUGAAUUAUUUGAAGAAUAAUUUAUUGAUAUUGAUUAAAGUUUUGCAUUUCGCAUCGACAUGCUGAGAAGCACCCAAUUUCGGAGCGGCUUCGGCGUACAACGCCAUCUAGUGUUCAUAGUGUUAAAUCCUCGAUGGAUUUAUGGACAUUUUGUGAGUUGUGAUUUGUAGAGGUUCUUUUACAUAUUUGAUGUUGUAUAAUACGAAAUUUGGAAUAUUUUGAAUGAAAUUUAUGAAAAUUCACUAGACCUUUUCCCAGUAAAGUUGGUCGUUCCCAGUAAAUUGUUCAACUUUCUUGAUUCUUGUUAGAAAUUUUCAAAGUACAUAUAAUAUUUCAGAGUAGAUAGUGUCAGGAGAUUGUGCUUGUACGUACAGUUUGCAAAAGUACAAAAUGUUAAUUAUAAUGUCUUCUUAUAAAAAAAUUGUUAAGUAGAUUUUGCUCAGUAAGCGUUUUGGUCCUUCGUAAGAAUUAGAGAAACCUCUUUUAUAAAUUGAUUUGUAUACUUAUAAGAAGAGCACGGGAGAUUUGAACUAAGAUUUUAUACCUUUUCUAAUGUUAAAAGUAAGAAAUUAUAGAAAAAAU